UUGUUACGUGUCACUAUUCCAUAGACCCCUAUAUAAAUAUAUAGAUAUCCUUUAAUGUUAUCAAAUAAGAAAAAAAAAAGAAUAACUAUAACAUACAUAAUAUUAUAACAUGGAGGGAAAUUCAUCUAGAGGAAAAAAAGCCAUGCAAGAGAAGGAUGAAGUAAAAUACCGCGGUGUUCGUAGGCGGCCGUGGGGUAAAUUCGCGGCGGAGAUACGCGAUCCAACCACCAGGCCCGGUUCCCGACAGUGGCUAGGGACGUUUGAUACUGCUGAAGAGGCGGCUAGAGCUUAUGAUAAGGCAGCAUUUAACCUAAAAGGACAUCUUGCUACCUUAAAUUUUCCUAAUGAGUAUUAUAAUCAACUCUCUUGUCCUCCUUUAUAUUAUGGUAAUAAUAAUAACUCAAUUAUUUGUUCAUCAACAAAUAAUGUUUCAAGAGGAAAAGGAAUUAGUUCAUCAUCAUCAACAAAUUAUAAAGGUAGGGAAAUUAUUGAACUUGAAUGUCUUGAUAAUAGUGUUCUUGAAGAACUUCUUGGUGUGGAAGAGCCAAAAAUUACAAAAAGAAAAUAAAAGUAUAAUUGUAAACUUUAUUAGUGAUAUCCUUCUAUGGUAUUAGAAGGAGAUUUUUUUUUUUAUAUAAAUUUGAGUUUCAAGUAAUUUAUUGUUGAGUUUAAGCUUAUUAAUCAUCAUCAAUAUGCAAAACUUUGUUUUAAUUUUAUUAAUUAAUCUCCGCUUGGAAAAAGCUAAUGAAUAAGAAAUAUAGAUUGAAGGGUGAUCAAGUGAUGAAUACCUACCACUCUUAAUCAGAGGUUUUUGGAUUUGAGCUCUCUGAGUUUGAAGAAAAUCAUGUUGGGAGCGCCACCUUCAGAAUGAAUCCUGCAGUGUAUGGUUCAGAUUUAAUUGAAAUUUUGAUGCGAAAAGACUAUAUUGUAUAUAUAACAUGUAUUUUUUUUUUUGGCUAAUAUACUGUUAAAUCUUGAGCACC